UUUUGUUUGGUUCGAAACUAUCUAUCCUUCAAAAUAUCAAUAAUACGCUUAGAUCACUCUGCCAUCUCAGAACCUAAAACCCUGAAACGCAACAGCAAGAGCUCCAUCAAUGGCGGGAGCUACAGGAAGAACCCUCUUCACUCUCUCGCUCUCCUCUUCUUCCUCCUUCACACGCCUCUCCCACCUCGCGAGGCAUUUCCCAGUCUCCAACCCCGUCGGCCUUUUCCCACGCUUCAGGCCUCUCUGCUCCGUCACCGCGGCACCUGAAACCACAGACCCUACCCAAUUGAAGCACUCUAUACUCCUUGAGAGGCUCAGAAUCAGACACCUCAAGGACACUGCCAAAGCCCCAGAGGAACCCAAAAAGCCCCUGAAGAAGAAGGCAAAGGGUGUUUCUUCGUCUGAUGCAGAUAAUGAGACGAUGGUUAUGAAGAAGAAGUUAGUUGGGAGUUUUGAGGAGUUAGGAGUGAGUGAAGAGGUUAUGGGGGCUGUUAGAGAAAUGGGUAUUGAAGUUCCCACUGAGAUACAGUGUAUUGGUGUCCCUGCUGUGUUGGACGAAAAUAGUGUGGUUUUGGGGUCUCAUACUGGCUCGGGUAAAACCCUCGCCUACUUGCUUCCCCUUGUUCAGUUGCUGAGACGGGAUGAACAAAUGAAUGGAAUACUGUUGAAGCCCCGACGUCCCCGAGCUGUUGUGCUUUGUCCAACAAGGGAGUUGUCUGAGCAGGUUUUUCGAGUAGCAAAAUCGAUAAGUCAUCAUGCACGAUUCAGGUGUACCAUGGUAAGUGGUGGUGGCCGGCUUAGGCCUCAAGAGGAUUCACUUAAUAACCCCAUCGAUAUGGUAGUUGGUACCCCUGGCAGGAUUCUUCAACAUAUUGAAGAUGGCAAUAUGGUAUAUGGUGACAUCAAAUACUUAGUAUUGGAUGAAGCAGACACAAUGUUUGAUCGGGGAUUUGGUCCUGAUAUACGCAAAUUUCUGGGCCCAUUAAAAAAUCGCGCUUCAAAAUCUGAUGGCCUAGGUUUUCAGACUGUCUUGGUUACUGCAACUAUGACAAAGGCUGUGCAAAAGCUGAUUGAUGAAGAGUUUCAAGGCGUUGUACAUCUGCGCACAUCAUCGUUGCAUAAAAAGAUUUCUUCUGCUCGUCAUGAUUUUAUCAAACUUUCAGGUUCUGAGAACAAGCUAGAAGCAUUACUUCAGGUACUAGAGCCAAGCCUGGCAAAGGGGAACAAGGUGAUGGUUUUCUGCAAUACGUUGGAUUCCAGUCGUGCUGUGGAUCAUUUUCUUGGUGAAAAUCAUAUUUCUACUGUGAACUACCAUGGGGAGGUACCAGCAGAGCAAAGGGUUGAAAACCUCAGAAAGUUUAAGAGUGAUGGUGAUGAUUGUCCUACAUUGGUUUGCACGGAUUUGGCUGCUAGGGGUCUGGACUUGGAUGUAGAUCAUGUUGUCAUGUUUGACUUCCCUUUGAACUCUAUUGACUACCUUCACCGCACAGGUAGAACUGCUCGUAUGGGUGCAAAAGGGAAGGUAACAAGUUUGGUUGCUAAAAAGGACUUGGUCUUGGCUACCAAAAUAGAGGAGGCAAUAAGGAAGAAUGAGAGUUUGGAGGCUAUCACAAAAGAAAGUGGCCGAAGGGACGUUGCAAGGACCCAAAUCACUGUGCCAAAGGGAAAGAACAAAAAAAUGGUUAAAGUUUCACAAGUAAAGAACAAAUCUGCUGGCGGUUCAAGGAAAAACGGGUCAAGUAUGAAGCCUGGUAAAGGAUCACCCUCUGUAAAAUCUAUGAAAAAAGGGAUUAGCGUUUCAAAAUCUGUAAAAUUUUCCGGUGCAAGUGGCUUGAGAAAAGAUUCUUUGGAGAACGAACAAACAAGUAAAAGGGUCAGUGCCACCAAAUCUACAAAUUCUAAACUCAGUGUUGUGGGGUUUAGGGGGAGGAAUUCAUCAUCUUUGUGAUAUGGAUUGGGGGUCAUUCAUAUUAUACUGUAUGGGAAAUAAAUGGCUCAGUUUUGUAUUAAUAAAUUUUUUCUGUAGAAAUGGUAUAAUUUACAGUUUUUCAAGGCAUUGCUUGAUUUAUACAGGAAAAAGAUAGGAUGAAAAAGAUAAUCGCGAACUUUAGAUCCAUGCUUUUGUUUCCAAAAUCAAAGGACACUAGUUUAUUAUAGUUACAGUACAGGAGUUUCAUGUAAGGAUACAAAAGGGACAGUUUACAUAUUAACAGUGCAUAGCUUUGGUUUUGUUUGGUGGUUUUAUGCAACGGCCUAUUCUCGCUGCCGAAACUGAGAUUCUACGUGGCCAUCUAGAAAUAGAGGGGUAAAGAUGGAAUUUUAUAUUCUGCUUCUGCAAAUGAAGGUUGUGGGUUUCUUAAAAUCCUUAUUUCCAGGUUAGUAAUGAACGAGAAUUUUUAGCAGGAUUUACUAUAUUGCCAUUGGAAUCAUAUAUGAUGACACCGGAAAAAUCAGGGAGCUGGCACUUUCCACCCAUCAGUAUGUUCUUCUGCCAAAGUGAAGCCUCUUCUUGUGGUUCACUGCCACUAAUCACAGGUUCAUUGUUGAGCUCAAUUACUGGUUCUUCGCCAAAGGCAUCAUAGCAAGAGACCCACUGACGCCAUUUGCGUGAAUGAGAAGCACACAUAAGCAGUGCAAUUGCACACAGCAUUAGGGUCAUAACUGCAAGGCCAAUAUGUGAAGUGCUUGGUAGAGGGUGGAUCACUAGAAGUGGACGAGCCAUAGGAGAGUGAUAUAUGAAAAUGGGAUAUGAAAAAUUGAAGUGUUUACAUAUAUGAUGAUUAUACAUAUAUAAUGUUAUGCUUUGCAAUUCUUAACUAGAAAGUGUAUAUGGUCUUUAAGGAUUUGUUAACACUUGCUUGUGGCGUUUUAUGCUGCAGAUCGUGCUGGUUUUGGUAUUCCUUGACCAAAGGAAAGUAGGGAGUGUAGUGGUUUAGUUCAAAUAUUCUUCUGUGAAAUAUUGGGUGCUAAUCCUCUACAAAGAAUUAAAAAUCUUCCACCCGAAAUGAAACAUGUUAAAGGCCCAAAUUUUCAAAAUAUAAAUUCAUGAAUCACUAAAUCAUUUG